AUGGCUACUAUGAAAGCUAUCGGAGUCUCCAAGUACGGCCCGAUCGAUAACCUCGAAUCGCGAGACGUCCCGAAGCCUUCGGAUCCCACGGGCCGGCAGGUCGUCGUCAAGGUCAAGGCCUGUUCUGUCAACCCGAUUGAUCACAAGGUUCGAUCAGGAACCUAUGACGAUGCGCCCGGUAAUUCCACCACCUCGGACCAUCAGAGUAAGACUGACAAAUUGAUAGACUACUAUAACCACGUCCCAAGGGACUUUCAUAUCAUCGGAUUCGACGGAUCCGGGGUAGUAGAGAAAACCGGGCCUGACUGCCAACUCUUCAAAGUCGGCGAUGAAGUCUCUUGGGUAGGCCCAUCGACUGAUCAGGGGAGCUAUGCAGAGUAUCAACUCAUAAGCGAACUAGCCUACGCCAAAAAGCCAAGAAACCUUGAUUUCGUUGAUACUGCGAGCUUCGGCUUGACUUUCAUGACAGCAUAUCAGUCGCUGUAUCGAAGGAUGGAGGUCAAGCCUGAGGAGCAGACUGGUAUCUUGAUCAUAAAUGGAGGUGGUGGUGUAGGAAGUGCUGCUAUUCAGCUUGCGAGGAGAGUGCUUAAGCUUCCGGUCGUUGUGGCUACGGCAUCACGACCUGAGACGAUCGAGUCUUGCAAGAGGAUGGGCGCUACGCAUGUCAUAAACCAUCGAGAAGACCUUGCCAAGCAGACUGACGAUUUAAGGCUCAAUGUCCCCAUCAAGGAAGCACCACCUUCCACUCAAGCAUAUCACUCGCUAACAGACACAGAUACGUCUACAUUGUCGCCCGAACCGAGCAAUACACCCAAUCCAUCGCCAAAAUCUGCGCCCCAUUCGGCAAAGUCUGCACCGUCGUCCAAGCAGACGUGA